GAAUUGAAACCAAUCAAAAAUAAGUAAUAAUGAGCCGGCAUCUUAACUGACACUGCCUAGUCAAGUGAGGUUGAUGUAGACCUCUGGCGCUCGGACUGACUAAAAUGAAGAGCAGGACUGUGAUUGGCUGUUCCCUGCUGUCACUCAGUGUCUUUCUCUCUCUGGGUGUAUUGGAUGUUGUCCAGUCCACUGUAGAAAGUGGCAGGUCAGUGAACAAACUCAUCUCUCUAGAAGAGGGAGAUGAAGAUGACCAGUUGAUGAAGGGAACCCAGUUAGAUCUCUACAUGCCCGAAGAGAACUGCUACGAUCUCUAUGGUAUCAGGGGUCAAAUGCACUUCAUCAGAAAUGGGAUUGCGAUGCGAGGCGCUUUAAGACGUCCGAUCACGUUGGAACCAGAGGUUAACCAGGUGCAACUUAUGUUUGUAUCUCCUCUUCUGGUGCUCCUGUUCGAGACCAGAGCCACAAUUGUAAAUGACAGUCUGGGCAUGGUGUGGUAUAACUUCAGCCGGCCAGAGAACUGCAAAGUGGAGUCACCUUGUUGGAGCGAGGAGCACUCGUCCUUCAACAACGACCCAAACAAGUGGGGAAAAAUGUCCAUCUUCGUGUCAUGCCAUGAGUCACCGGGACAAUCUGUUCACUCCUCCGACAACACUAAACAGACCUCGAAGUCACCAGGAGACGACUCGACCUACUCGGUAGAACUGAAACUGAACUUCACCUUUGCAGCAAUGUACAGUUCGGCCGCCAUGUCCAAGGGGGGUCUGGGUGAUAAUGGUAGCAAGAUCAACUCGAGGACCGUCCUAUUCACCGUCAUCAAAGUGUGCAGACUCAAGCCAGAGCCUGUGGUGUCAACAGUGGCGAGAGUGGGCACUAGAAUGAAGAUGUCUUCGGUGGCUGUGUUUUUGUGCUCUGCUCUGGCCACUCUCCUGUUAGUUGUCGUGUCCACGCUGGCAGUGUCUUUCUACCAUCUGAGGGACAUGAAGCCAAAUGGCGCCUCAGGGGCAGCUACUGCACAGUCUUUCAAAAUGAACAUGAGUAAUGUACGUGGAAGUCAGCAGCAGCAGAGGGCCGCUCUUCUUCUCAGCGGACAAUUCAGCGAAUCAGUUCUAGCAUCACAACUCAACUACAGAUCGAACUCAUCUUCAACUGGCGGUGGUACAAUAAUAGGGGGCAGCAACAAUCACGGCAGUCAAUUCCUCCCUCGUACGGGGGGAGGGGGAGUGGACGCUGCGAAUGGCAUUGUGUCUUCUCUUACUCAGUUGCAGCCACCUGACUACAAUAAUGCUAACAUGAGUCACGGACUGCUCAAUAAAAUGGGGAGCAGCAAUCGCAACAUGUUUUUGUCAUCUGCCAACGGAGGCAUGGUUCAAGGUAGUCCUGUGCCUAUGGAACACGUGCACCCUAUGCAUCAUGCACUGCCACCAGGGGGAAUGGGGAUGGGACUGGAGUUGAUGAAUAGUCUCUCUCCGGCCACUUCCGGCUUUAUGGCCCCCAUGCACACAGCUGCUAACUCAGUCGGAGGAGGAUCAGGUCCCACAUGUGUAACUCCAGCUGCGAGUGAGCCAGUCAUGAAUUUGGGUGGGGGCGUUCGAGGUUCAGAAAGUAAUCUAAUGAGUCCCACUACUCCUGGCUCCUCUGGCAUGCAGCACCCUCUGUUGCCACCAGAAGUGGUAUUGACCAACAUCACCAGGCAGCAAGUGAACAUGACUGAGAUGGUGUUACAAGGUACAUUUGGACUGUUACACAACGCAUCUGUUGCCAUGAAGGGGGCCAGUGGUGACAUCUUCCAGUACCCGAUCACAGUGAAAACAGUCAAAGAGCAGUCAUCGGUGGGUCAGAUUGACACGAUGUUGCACGAGUGUCAUGUAUUCUCCUCAGUCAGUGCUUCCGAGUGCACCCACGUGCUGCCCUGUCUCACAGUAGUCUACGGCAACCAGGAAAACAAUCUACCCUCCUCCCAAUCGGAACACAACCCGAAAGAGAUACAGGGAGUGAAGGGGGAAAGGGAUAAGGAAGUAAACAAGUACUAUCCACCUCCUCUGGUCGUGUACCCACAGACUACAUUUGGGAUUUUGAAACUGCAUCUUCGACAUCUUCGAUCUACCAGACAGUCUCUCACGACGCGUGACGUGGUGGGCAUGGGCAUCCAAAUUUUGCAUGGUCUGCAGUUUAUUGUUAAGAGCAAGUUAGAGUUCAACGAUCUGGCAACAAGAAACUGCUUCCUAGACGAUGGUUGGGUGGUGAAGAUAGGCGAUGCUGCGUUGGCACGUGAUCUCUUCCCAGAAGACUACCAGUGUCUCGGCGACAACGUGAACAGGCCUAUCAAAUGGCUGGCAAUCGAAGCUAUUUCCAAGUACAUCUACUCGCCGGCUAACGAUGUCUGGAGUUUUGGUAUCACCCUAUGGGAGUUAUGGACCCUAGCUGAAAACCCGUACGAAGACAUUGACCCUUUUGAGAUGGUGUCUUUUCUAAAAGAGGGAGGAAGACUGUACCAGCCUCAGAACUGCCCAGACGCUCUAUACCGAUGCAUGUGCAGCUGUUGGGCAUAUGAUGCAGUGGAGCGACCGAACAUCUCCAAACUCAUCAAAUACCUGCAGGAGUUCUACACUGCACUCGGUGCGUUUCUAUAACUGCACUGCCGCCUUUGCACUGUGCACGUCAUUCAUACAAAAAUACAGUCAAUUCAAAUAUGUGCAAUUUAUUUUUAUCCUCAGGGCAACCAGAAGAGCCAUCCACUGCUGAACCAUAUUUACACUUGCGCUUAGCUAGAUUUAUUAAUGGUAAUUAACGUAGUGAAUCGUCUUAUGUGGGUCUUGCUGAUUUUUUUUGCUUUGUUUUUUUUAAGGAAAAUGUGCAUAAAGUCUCUAAUAACUACAGAUGUGCAUUCAUACAUAUUGAUGCAUUUAUGAAUGCUCUUAGGUAUAUAUGCACUCUUUGAGUUCAAUUGAAAUUCAUCUGCAGAAAGAUACUAAAAAGCAUUCUCCAAAUACGAACGUGGAGAUGGCGCAAAAAAAACGAACAAUUUCUAGUUUAGAAAGUGGAAUUUAAUUUUUAAAUUUCCAGCGGAAUUAAAAUUUUACCUAUUGAUCCAGUUUUCUCGAGUUGGGUUAAUGUUAUCAAAAAAGCGCCAAUCAUAAAUCGUUCUAGAAAUUCAAAGAGCUUAAAGGGCAUCUAUUUUUUUUCUAUGAAGUUCGAAAGUGCAGAUUUUUCCAACAAAGACAGUGUUUUUUAUGUUACUUGCGUUCAUUUGUUUUUUCCAAUCUUCGAUUGGCUAUGAUUUUUUUUAGUGAAAUUACCUUUUAGCUGCUGAGUGUAGCUUGUAACGUCGUUUUGGUGAUCUUUAGUAGGUGCGAUGUAUGUUUAAGCAUUGUACAAAAUCGUCCAGUAAUUAAAAACUCGCGUUUUUGACGGAUCAGAUAUGCUAUUCGAAAAUAUUUAUGAUAUACGGAAAAAUUACCGCAACUAUUUCUGA